CCUUAUCCUCAUAAUCUAAACGACACCAAAAGGAGGCCGUCCAACUGACGGAAUCUUCAAAGCCAAAGACCCCUCGAUGGUUCCGUUUAUUAUCCUGAAAUUUCCCGGCUUUUACACGUGUCAUGAUGAUAUUGGCCACGUCAGUUCCCGCGUGAAGGCCUCCCUUACGUCCAUAUAUUGUACACCGACUCAUGGGUCAUGGCUUUCUAUCCUCUUCAACUUAAGUCUCCUAUUCCAUCCCUUCAACGGUCUUAACCACCAACCUGAUAAAAUGACGAUUAUGCCCUCGUCAGACCGUAAAUACCGACGGAGUCCCCGAACGCCUCUCACACCUCGAAAGCUCCGAGACCAAUUAUUCGAGGCUCACGAAUCCGGCUUCGAUGGGGCGUCAAUUUCAGGAGCCGUAUUCAACCUCUCGACCACCAUCGUGGGAGCCGGAAUCAUGGCGCUCCCAGCCACCGUCAAUCGACUGGGCCUAAUCCCUGGUCUAAUCACGAUCAUAUUCGUCUCUAUGUUAACAGAAUCAUCCAUCGAUAUGAUUCUCAGAUUUAGCCGAGCCUCCAAGUCCGCCACGUAUUCAGGAGUCGCCGCCGACGCUUUCGGUGGGCCGGGCCGUAACCUCCUUCAAGCCUGCAUUGUCAUCAACAACUUGGGCAUGCUCGUCGUUUACAUGAUCAUCAUAGGUGAUGUGCUAUCGGGGACAUGGGUGGAAGGGUUCCGCCACAGGGGAGUAAUAGAAGAAUGGUUCGGUGAACAUUGGUGGACCAUGCGUUCGGCUUUGCUCUUGUCGACCACACUUUUCGUAUUUGCUCCUCUCAUUUCAUUCAAACGCGUUGAUUCAUUGAGAUACACGUCUGCAUUGUCUGUCGGUUUGGCGGUUGUGUUUGUGGCAAUAACAGCAGGAGUUGCAAUUGUGAAGUUGAUGGAAGGGAAAAUCGGAAUGCCUCGUCUAAUGCCAAAACUUGUUAAUCAAGCAUCGUUUUGGAAGCUUUUCACCACCGUUCCUGUUCUAGUUACUGCUUAUAUAUGCCACCAUAAUGUACUCCCGAUAGAGAAUGAACUGAAAGACCCUACACAGAUGAAGUCAAUAGUUAGAAAGUCCCUCACAUUUUGCUCUUCAGUCUACAUUGCUACCAGCUUCUUUGGAGUCCUUCUCUUUGGAGAUCAUACUUUGGAUGACGUGCUUGCCAAUUUUGAUGGUGAUCUUGGAAUUCCAUAUAGCUCAUUGCUUGAUGAUUUGGUCAGAGUGAGCUAUGGUCUUCACCUGAUGCUUGUUUUCCCAAUUGUGUUUUACUCCCUUCGUCUCAAUGUAGAUGGUCUUUUAUUUCCAUAUGCCAUUCCUAUUGCUUUUGAUAACAGGAGGUUCUUCUCAAUGACAGUAGCUCUUAUGUUUUUUAUCUUUAUGGGAGCCAACUUUAUUCCCAGUAUCUGGGAUGCCUUCCAGUUCACUGGUGCAACUGCCGCCGUUUGUGUUGGUUUUAUCUUUCCAGCUGCAAUCACACUUAGGGACACCCAUGGAAUUGCAACAAAGAAUGAUAAACUAAUAUCAUGGAUGAUGAUUUUUCUUGCUGUCUCAACAAGCACAGUGGCUGUGAUCAGUGACAUUUAUAGCAUUUUUAGUGUCGACGGAGUUAUAACCUGAUUUUAUGGAAGUGUCUCCAUCUAUAUCUAGUUUUCCUGGUGCAUUGACAUAGCUGGAAACUGAAGCUAAUAGGCAAGGAAAUAAUCUGGGUUUCUUUCAUGCAAUUUAUCCUCAAAGCUGAAUGACGAAUAGCUAAAGCGUGAUCUGUUAUCUCUACUGAUAUGUGAGCAAUAGGCUGUGGACUGUUCCAGCAUCUAAUGAGGUUCGAUACGAUCUUUUCUAUGAAGUAAUGCAGGUGAUUAAGUUGUUAGUUCUUGAUUCUUUUUGAGAGUACAAAUAGGAAAAUUCUGAAUAUAUAUAUUUCGGGAAUAUCACAAUAGCCUACGUUGAAUACUCAUUUUUGCCGUCUUGUCAUUUGCCUUCUCGUACAGAAUGUAAUGUUAUUCUACGAGGGAAGACAUUCUAAUUGGGAGAUUAAAUAUAGUAUUUUUUUUUUCUCACCCUUUUGAGGAUUUAGCUUUUUGUUUCUUCGUCGUGAAAACCACGAUGGAUUGUCCCUAUUUUCAAACGAAAGCUUUAAAGUACAUAUGUCCAAGCUGAUAGGUCAAAGUGAUAGACAUGUUCAUCAAAAUUUUUUUAUUAUCAGAAUAAUAAAUGCUUGUUACCAACAUAAUUAAGCGAUUAGUUUUGAAUAUUAUAUUCAAAUUAAUAAACUGGAGAAUGUAAUUUAAAAUUUUGACGGGUUUUUUUUUUUUUUUAAUUGCCACAAUCAAUUCAAAACAGGCUUAUUAGAACAAUAAAUUUUGAAAGAAUUUACCCUUUGGGUUAUUUAUCACUCCCUUCUAAAAUUAAAAAUAAAAUAAAAGAAAAUACCAGUACAGCUUGCCAUCUUUCUUUCUCCCUUUUUUUUCCCUCCUUUUAUAAUAAGCCCAUGCUUUGACUGCUUUUUUCUUGAUGAUAAAAUGAAAAGACAGCACUAAAAUAUAUUGUACAGCAUAAAUUGGGUUGUUUUUUGGAUGUUUUGCCUGGCCUGGAAGGAGAGUGAAUUGAAACUAUAAUCUAAUCUAACAACUAAAAAGAACACAAUGUGUGGGAA